AUGUCGGACCCCCCAACUUCUUCCAGUACCCCCUCCUCCAGUUCCUCCGACUCCCCCGGGAUUAUUAAAGUGACAGUGAAGACUCCUAAGGAGAAGGAAGAGUUUGCUGUCCCCGAGACCAGCAGUGUCCGAGAGUUCAAGGAGGAUAUCGCAAAACGGUUUAAAUCCAACACAGACCAACUUGUGCUUAUAUUUGCUGGAAAGAUUUUAAAAGACCAGGACACCCUCAGUCAGCAUGGCAUCCAUGACGGGCUCACAGUGCAUCUUGUCAUAAAGACGCAGAACAGAUCCCAAACUGCAGCUGCCACUUCUCAGCCAAACAGCCCGAGCAGUCCGUCAUCCACCUCUACCACAUCCAGCAGUACCACUACCACCACGUCUGCCACAAGUACCCCUUUCGGCUUAGGAGGACUUGGGGGCUUACCUGGGCUCAGCAGCUUAGGCAUGGAUGCGUCAAACUUCUCCGAGCUGCAGAGCCAAAUGCAGAGACAACUUAUGUCCAAUCCUGAGAUGAUGGUUCAGAUCAUGGAAAACCCCUUUGUCCAGAGCAUGCUGUCUAACCCUGACUUGAUGAGACAAUUGAUUAUGGCCAAUCCACAAAUGCAGCAAUUAAUCCAGAGAAAUCCUGAGAUCAGUCACAUGCUUAAUAAUCCAGAUAUCAUGCGACAAACGUUAGAACUGGCAAGAAACCCGGCAAUGAUGCAGGAGAUGAUGAGGAACCAAGACAGAGCCUUGAGCAAUCUCGAAAGCAUUCCUGGAGGUUACAAUGCCUUGCGCAGAAUGUACACUGACAUCCAGGAGCCAAUGCUUAACGCCGCCCAGGAACAGUUUGGAGGCAAUCCAUUUGCGUCAUUAAUGAGUAAUGCAUCGCCAAAUGCAGAAAAUCAGCCCUUGCGAACAGAAAACAGAGAUCCUUUACCUAAUCCUUGGGCUCCACAGUCUGGCUCUACAGCAUCCACAUCAACAGGCGGAAGCGGCGCUACCUCAACUGCUAACAGCACCGCUUCAACAACAAGCUCCUCUUUACCAAACUUGUCCUCUGGACUAGGAGGUACAACAGCAGGGAUGUUUAAUACACCGGGAAUGCAGAGCCUGCUGCAGCAGAUAUCCGAGAACCCUCAGCUAAUGCAGAACAUGGUGUCCGCUCCCUACAUGAGAAAUAUGAUGCAGGCACUUGGUCAGAAUCCAGAGCUUGCAGCCCAGAUGAUGCAGAAUAAUCCACUCUUUGCAGGGAAUCCUCAGCUUCAAGAUCAGAUGCGACAACAGUUGCCCGUUUUUCUUCAGCAGAUGCAAAAUCCUGAUACAUUAUCUGCUAUGUCAAACCCCAGAGCAAUGCAGGCGUUAAUGCAGAUCCAGCAGGGGUUGCAGACUCUGGCUAGAGAAGCUCCUUCACUCGUUCCAGGGAGUGGUGGCCUUGGUGGUAUUGGAGGCACUGCCAACCCAAAUCCUGCACCAGUGGCCACUCCAGCGUCAGCUGAGAACACAAGUCCAAUAUCUGGAAUAUCUGAACCAGGUCACCAGCAGUUUGUACAGCAAAUGCUACAGGCCCUUUCUGGUUCUAAUACUCAGCUUCAGAAUCCAGAAGUGAGAUUCCAACAGCAGCUGGACCAGCUCAGUGCAAUGGGGUUCCUAAACAGAGAAGCAAAUUUACAGGCUUUAAUAGCAACUGGAGGAGACAUCAAUGCAGCUAUUGAACGACUACUGGGAUCCCAACCAUCAUAGCGACCAUUCCCAGCACAGAAAAAAGUGUAAUUUAUUUUUGAUAAUGUCCCGAUAAAACACCGGCUUUAUUUCAGUUUGACUCUUGGAAUUCAUUGUCCUUACAAACUAAUGAAUCAUUUACGUUUGGAUGAAGUGCAGUAGUUAUCUGAACCGUGGGAAUCCAAGCUUUUUUAUUUGAACAUGUUGCAUGCAUCACAGGCCACCCUAUGCUUUCUUGCUUGUGAUAUAUUUUUUUUGUCCAACCCCCCCCCCCCCCCUUUCUUUUUCUUUUCUGUAUCCAUGCAGUUAGUAAACAGGCUUCAAUUAACUGUUUCUUCUGUCGAGAGGUAUCUGCUUUCAAAUUGUAGCCUUUGGUAGUAAUUUAUAUAGAAUACAAAGAAUCUAUACCGACGUUAAAAAGAAUAAGGUUAUAAUUAGUGAUCCAAUAUCGCUCUCGUGACUUCAGCAUGUAUUUUCGCUAGCAUUACGCUGUAUGAUUCAUACUGCUUGGUUUUCAUUUAUCAUUAUCCUUUUUCUCGGCCUCUUUUACUUAACAUUAUCAUUUUUCUGCAAUAUGUUUAAAAUAGUCAGGACUGUGCACCCACACACAGAUAAAGUAAUCCAUUGUAUUUAGUAAAUUGUGAAGUUGCAAGUGUGUCAAAAAGAGCUGUCGAGGUGAAAGACACUGUAACAGCAGUAUGACCAUGGACACAGAAUGUAGAUUUUCGUAGAUACAUUGUAGAGGAGAAUGCAUGGGUCUUUGCUGAUAGCAAGGCCUUUUUGUGGUGGCUUCUAUUCUUUAAUGUCAAGCCAAAAUUUAAAGAAGCACUCUGGGAUUUUAUUUCUUUGCUUACAUAGGGCUGGAUGGGCCAUUAUCAAAGAAUAAGAUAGACUAUGUAUGCCCUAUUUGUGGGCUGUUUGCCAUCUUGAUUCAUUCUCCCCUCCUAAUAAAUCCUACAUUUCUAACCAUGUCUGACUUUGCAGAGAGAGACUGAGUGGCGUUUCACUGCACUGCUCUGUCUUCUAUGAGGGCAGCCAUAACAGUGGCUCAAUGACACAGCUGCUGUCCCCUUACACUGCAGGGUCUCCAUGUUCUCCAAUGUGAUGCAGUUUGAGCCUCUCUUCCCUGUCAUAUCUCUUUUCUGUCAGCUCUUUUAUGUAGAAGGCAGAAAGACCAGUGUGAAGCUACAUAUCGCAGAACUAUACUGGAGAGUCGGCACACAGAGACCGUACAGGCGGUGUGAAUCUGGAGGUUUACAUCUCUGCAGCUAAUCAUCAUAUACACUUACCUACUAUAUAGCUCCACUCCUGAUUUUUUUAGAUGGGGAGACAUUUUAUCUGUUAGAGAAUACAGAGGAACAUGGAGAGGUGCGGGGCUGAGAGCUGCCAGGAGGGAUUUAAUUGGUGGAGAUGACAGCCUCACGGGAGAGACAGACUUCCUGUUUAUACAUUAGAGCAAAGUGUCAGACUUGAUCACAGGACCAGGUUCUGAUAAUGGAUGCAACUGAGUUAGGGUUAACAAAUAACGCUGCUAGAAUACUGCUGGUGAGUUACUAAUAUAUGUAAAAUAAAAAAAUACAAAUAAAUCCCGGAGUGCUUCUUUAACUCACAAUCCUACCAGGCCCUGUUUGUAACACGGGUUUGUGCUGACACAGCAGGUAGCACCAUAGUCUGGUUUCAUGCGACUUGAUUUCAGGAUGUGAGAAAGUGUCAUGUGCUCUAAUAAUUUUUAACCACAUUGUACAAACAGAUUCUCCUGCGUUUUUAUCAGUAGUUCUCUCCUGUGCACAGGUAAUAAAUAAAUGCCAACUA